GGCCCGCUUGGUAGGGACCGCGAGCCGACGCCAGGGGCCGCAGGGUCGCAGCGUGGCUUUGAAGUCGAGUCCGCUACCACCAUGAGCGGCCGAAGUCGCGGUAGAAAGUCCUCCCGCGCCAAAAGCCGGGGCAAAGGCCGUGCCAAAGGCCGAGUCCGCGCCGCUCCUGACGACGCCCCACGCGACCCGGACCCUCCACAGUGCCAGAGGCUCGGGGAGGAGACCCAGGCGGCACAGGUGCAGGCUGGCGCGGGUUGGGGUGGCCUGGAAACCGCUGCGCCCGCGCCGCCCCGCCGGCCCGGGGAAGAGAGUGCCUGCCAGCUCCCCCUGGACUGUGGCCUCGCGCUCCGCGCCCGGGCUGCGGGGGAUCGCGGGCAGGCCCCGACCAGGCCCGGCCCAGGAAAGGCCACAUCCCUCUCGGAGCGCCUGGUAACAGACACUGUCUUCGUGGGGACCGUGGGGACCGUGGGAAGGCCGAAAAAUGGCCCCCGCGUUGGAAAUCGGCGUGGCCUCGCUGGGAAGAAGGCCCCAGAUACCUGUAGCGCAGUAGGGAGGGGAUCUCCAGCCAUAGCCGGUGGGAAGCCUAAGAAGGGGACCACUGGGGAGUCCGCCUCCGUUCCAGUGGUAGAGGAAAAUAAGGCGGAGAAGGAGGCAGGGUCGGGGCCCCCGGCUACAGAUGGCAGCAUGGAUACGCUGGAGAAUGUCCAGCUGAAGCUGGAGACCAUGAACGCCCAGGCGGACAGGGCCUACCUGCGGCUCUCACGCAAGUUUGGGCAGUUGCGACUGCACCACUUAGAGCGUAGGAACCUCCUCAUCCAGAAUAUCCCCGGCUUCUGGGGACAGGCUUUCCAGAACCAUCCCCAGCUCUCGUCCUUUCUGAACAACCAAGAUAAAGAGGUACUCAGCUACUUGAAUAGCUUGGAGGUGGAAGAGCUUGGCCUCGCCAGAUUGGGCUACAAAAUCAAGUUCUACUUUGGGCGUAACCCCUACUUCCAGAAUAAGGUGCUCAUCAAGGAGUACGGGUGUGGGCCCUCCGGUCAGGUGGUGUCCCGGUCUACUCCAAUCCAGUGGCUCCCGGGGCAUGAUCUCCAGUCCCUAAGCCAGGGGAGCCCAGACAACAGCCGCAGCUUCUUCGGGUGGUUUUCAAACCACAGCUCCAUCGAGUCUGACAAGAUUGUGGAGAUAAUCAACGAGGAAUUGUGGCCCAAUCCCUUGCAGUACUACCUUAUGAGCGAAGGGGCCCGGGUGGAGAAAGGAAAGGAGGGCAAGCCAGUUCCAGCAAGGCCGCCAGGGGAGACCAGCGAGCCUGCAGACAACAAGUCCAACUGAAUCUGCAUACCUCUCCCUACUACCUCCUGCUGGACCCGUGCCUGGCUGACCCCCCGUGUUUGGCUGUCUGCCUUUUCUUCAUGUCAGCCUCCUUGCACUGUAUUCCCUUUGGACUUCAGUUACAAGAAUAUGGCAUUUACGAUCAUGUUCUUUUUGUCUCCCCAUGGCUUUCUUGCUUUUUGACAUUAGUGUCACACGUUACGUGAUCUCACCCUGACUGUUUAUACGUUAAGCAGACAUGCUUCCAUUGUUUGCUGCCUUUUUCUACAUUGCCUGGACCCUGUUCUUGGCUCUGGCCUUCCCCACCUGUUUUUUAACAGGGAUGCUCAUGAGUCAUCCAGCCAGAGGACUGGUGCCUCUUCAAGCUCUGCUCCUCCAGGGCCCGUGACUUGCUGAGCUUCGUGUUCCUCCUACCCAUGCAUGCCAUCUGUGGCAUUUCUCUUGCCACUGCAGAAUGAAGCUAAUGUACUUGGUAUUAGCCAUCAGCCAAAACUGUUCCAUGGCUCUGGGGUUGCCAGCCAACGUGCCACCAACAGGAUCUCUGCCUUUGGCCAGGGGCUCAUGCUGCCCUCCUAGACAUGGAUGAGGUUAUGGGUGAGAAGCAGUAUGCCGUGUGUUCUGAACCAUCGGGCGUCUCUUCCUGCCUCUGGGCCUCUCUCCUGAACCUUCAUCAAGGUCUGCACCAUGCCUCAUCACUCUCAGGCCACUGAGUUUUGUCUAGGUUGCUACUGGCCCCAGUUGGCUUCCUGGCCAACAAGGACCUCAAGAACUGCCUGUGGACCCAGGCCUCCUGCCAGUGCAUGAGACACACUUACUCUCCUCAGCCUUCUAGGAACCCUACUGGCUGCCAGACUGAUGGGUGGGCUGGUAUGUGUGGACACAUGCUCACUGUCAUCAAGCUGUGGCUGCAGAAAUGCACAGAAAUGGAGAGGAUGGUCCCAGGACCCCGUGUGCCCAUCACCUAGCUACUGCAGUUAUCAAUUGUGAUCCACCUGAUUUCAUCUGUAUCUCGCUCUCCCCGCCUGUAUUUCUUAUCGAAAGUCCAAGAUACUGUGCCAGUUCAACCCGGACUGCUUUGGGAGAAUGGGACUCCCUUUGGUGGUGAUGGUGGUGGGGUGCGCUGUCAUUAUCACAUCAGGUCUGCUUUUUGCUUUUCAUGUUAAUUAAUGAAGUUCCAGAGACGGGUCUUAGAAUUGAAAGUCUUCAGAAUUAACAAGUCUCAAAAGGAGCUGUCGGGGGUGCCGCCUUUUCCCUGCAGCCACAAAAGGAGAGAGAGACCGUUCUGUUGUACACUCUUUCAGAGACUUACCAGUCUUUGAUAAGGUGCUUACUUGAGACCUUUCACCAGAAUAUCAGCCUUUUUUCCUGUGUAAGGUGGAGACUUGUGUGACUAUUAGAAUUGUCAUCAGCUUGUCCUGGUCUCAUAGUAUAACUCUGGGCUUUAAUACUCUGGAAGUAUAAUUCGGAAAUUAUUGCUAUGUUCUGUGAAAAUAACCUCCCAAAAGUGAUCAGUAACUGGUUGUCUUACUUGGUAAUUUGACACCCUGGUAAUAAUGCAAUUAUUUCUUUGUUCCAAAACAGUAUAAAUAGUUGUAAGCUUGCAUGCAUGAUGGAAAAAUAAAAGCCUGUAUCUGUUAUAUUUUUUAUUUUCAAAAAAGAAUUGGAAGGUUAAGGAGAGGCUGGAUAGUUGAGGGGACGUAUACUGUGGCCUAUGUGAGUGAUUCUGAAGCCUCAGGCCCUUGUGUGACUAGCUGCACAACAAUAUAUAAAAUUCUGAUCUGAUUCCCAGGCCUUACCAGAGAUUGAGAUUCUUUGGUUCUGGGAAGAAGCCAGGUAGUCUUGGUUAUAAAAAGCUUUCCAGGUAAUUCUAGUGGAAAUCCAGUGCUUCUCAAAUUUUAGAGUGCCUCUGAAUUGUGUGGGGCAUCCUGUUAGAAUAUGAAUUCUGCUCCAGGAGUCUGGAGUGGAAUCUGAGAUUCUGCAUUUUGAACAAACUUCCUGGUGAUGCCAGUGUUGGUGGUUUGCAAACUGUACUUUGAGUAGCAAAGGAGGUGACCUUCAAGGACCUUGCACACUAGAGUAACAGUGCCCUAGUUGUGAUGUGAUGGUUGCACAUCAGAAUUAUUUGGGAAGCUUAAAGAAAUAUACAUAUACUGGCAGAAUUCCACACAAAUACCGACUAAACGAGAAUCGGAUGGAUCCAGGUUUCGGUGUUUUAAAAACAUCCCAGGUGAUUCUGAUAUCCAGCCAGCGCUGAGAACUAGGGUUUCUGGUGCUGUUUAUAAGAUUCAUAACAAGGACCAUUUUCCAUUCACCAGGAGAAGCAGCAGAAGACAACCAAAUGCCACAUAAAGCUACCAGCAAAAAAUGGUUGGAAAAAUAUAGAAGGCAGUUGUUAAAUGACAAGAAAAUAAAAUUAGUUUAUAUGAUGUUGGGCUUGAAUCAGUAAAUGUGCAGGAUUCAGGGCGUAACAGGUGCUCAAGUGUUGAAUGAAAGAAUGAAUUUAAACCAUGGUUUAUAUUCAAAUGGCUUAGGGCUCGGCUGGUAAUUGGGUUUGUGAAGGAGCCCGUGCUUGAUUCAGAAGGCCGUCUGUGUUAGUUUGUUAGGGCUUCCAUAGCAAAGCACCGCAGACUGGUUGGCUUAAAACAACAGGAAUUUAUUUCCAGUUCUGGAGGCUAGACAUCUGAGAUCAAGGUGUCGGCAGGUUUGGUUUCUUCUGAAGGCCUCUUUUCUUGCUUAGAAAGGGUUGUCUUCUGUCCGUGUCUUUGCGUGGCCUUACCUGUGUGUGUGUGUCCGGAAGCAGCGGGAGGAGGCGGAGUCUGUGUGUGAAUUCGGGCAGCUGUUCUGCAGUGCCUGAGUGUUCACCUGGGGGCCCUGCAGGCCAGGUGUCGCUCCAUCUUCAAAAAGGAGUGGCGGGGGAUGAGGAACUUCAUGUAGAAUCUCCCGAUUUUGAAUGUUUUCAACCGAGCCUCCCUCCCUGCCCCCGCCCCAGCCUCUCUCUUCGUGAUACGUGGGGUGCAAAAGGAUGUGGAGGGCAGCCUGGCUUUCAGGCGUGAGCACCCCAUGAGUCCCCCCGGGGUUACGGACUGGAGCUCUCUGCCCUACUCUGGCUCUGCUCGUACACUUGCUUCCUCGCUGGUGCGGAGCCUCCGUCUCCCAGGCCCCCUUUCACACCCCACUCUUGAGCUCCUAGGAGAACCCCACUGAUUGGGAUUUUCCACUGCCCCACCUGCUCAUUCACUCAUUGCCUCCUACGCGUGCCUGCCUCUGUCGUAGACAUUAGAGACCCAGCUGUGGACAAAUGCAGCUUUGAAUUCUGCCCUCCUCCUAGGUUUCAGCCUCCUCUCAGCCUUUGCCUGGGGUCUUCAGUCAGUCUUUCUUUUUUCCCCUUUCCUACAUGGGGCUGGCGCAUGUUUUAGAUCCAUGUGGGGGCUAAAGGAAGCCUCCUUUCACUCUCUGGCCUCUAGGUCAGACUUCACGAGGUAGUUGAGGCUUUUAGUAACCUGGAGAGUGAGAGAGUAAUUCUUGUUAUGCUAAGUGUCCCUUGUCCCUUUCUCACCUUCUGGUUUUAUUACAAAAGGCCUUCUGAUUUCUUAACUCGUUACUUGCUGGGCUUUUUAGGAAGUGUUGUAGGUCUGUGCCACCCUGUAGGGGAGGGAGAGGGAAAAAUCAACAGGCUUGCUCCCCUUAGCUCACUCUAUCAACUUCUGACUGUCUCUCCAUGCGCUUUUGGCUUCCCCUCUGGUCUGCUCCACUGAUUUGCUACAAGGGAAGCAGGCUCGUAGCCCUGGGUGGCCUCAUCUAGGGAGGGGACUUCACCCUCCUUUGCCCCUCUGAAGAUUUUGGAAGCUCCUUCUGCCCUGUCACCCCUUGAGAUCUCAGCCUUGGCGAUCCUCCCUUACUACUGGGUAGGGCCAUAUCCCACCGGUGUCAAGGCAGUUAAAAAAUAAAAAAGGAGACCCCACAUCCAGUCUGUGGUUUCUGUCUCUGUCAUUAGCAUCACUUCUAAUCUUCUCCAACUCUGUUUCACGAUCCACUCUCACAGCUCACUUCUGCUGAUUGUCUUUUCCCUGAAACUGACCUCAUGUUAGUCCCGCUUCUGUACUCCAGACUAGCACCUGGUCAGGUGCUCAGUUACAGACUAUCCAAGGCUGGAACCUUGAAUUCCUUCCUCCUCUCCCUGCCUCCUAUUAACCUGGUCCUCAGCUGAAGUUUGACAGAUAUAAGACAAAAUACCUCCCACCUGUGUGACACUUCAUAGUUUACAAAGCACAUUUACUUACAUGAUUUCAGUUAUAACAGUGAUCCCAUAAGGCUCAGAGAGGUUAAAUGACUUGACCAAAAUCACAAAACCAGUAAACAAUUGAGCCAGGACCCAAACUCAGGUCUUCCGACUCCAGGCUCCUCCCACACGUGUGUGCGAUGGUAAACACGGGCCCAAGCAGUUAGCUGGAACGAGGAAACUAGGCGCUUUGCACAGAACCUGUAUUUAACUCCCUACACAAUGGAUCAGAACCCUCCGCACGGCUCAUCAGACAGUCACGGCUGACCAGUCAGAGUCAACGAGCGAGCAUGAAGCUUCCUGAGCAUCCUACACCGCAGCUGCUGUCGGAGCUCGACUGGGGGCAGGGCUGACCCGAUGGGCUGGGUGACGCAGAACGUGGCCACGACUUCCUCUGACUGCUCUGUUCUAGGGUCAGGAUUGGUUCUAGACACACCUGACUGCACGUGGAGGCGGGAUGAGGAGGUUGGGGGCUAUAGCAUCGAUCUUAGAAUCUGAAUGAUUUGGAGAAAGGGUGACAAAAAGUUCUCCCACAUCAAGAAGUCUGGUGAUAGAAGGUUCCAGGCUUGCUCCAGUGGCACAGUGAUGUUAGGACUCUGGGUCCCCCUCUCCUGUCCCUUGAGUUUCCCCUCAUGGUUCCCCAGCUCCAGGCACCACGUCCUCAACCAGCUGCACUUAAAGGCAGGCAGGAAGAAGGGGAAGGGGGUCUUCUCAUGGGUCUCUGUCUUGGGGGAAAAAUCUUUGCCUGGAGUCCCUGGUGGAUUUCAGGGGAACUGAGUCUGGUCCCUUGGGCCUGAAAUGGGGGACACUCCUACACUCUGCUUCAAGGAAUCUAACACUUGUCAGCCUCUCACGGGAGUGGGGUUCUGCCAUCAGGGAAUAAGGAGAGAUCAGGGGCCAGAACUGAUGGGAGACCUGUCGCCUGCGGGUUCAUCCUUUCUGGGGUGAUGCUGUGGCCGUAUUGCUGACCUGGAACCCCAUGUAGUACCUGGAGGCACGUGCACCUGCGCUUUCCCCAGCUCUCCCCUUCACUGCUUCUGACAAGAACGCUCUACCUGUGCUCUGUGUUUUGGGUCUCACCUCCUCGAUUACAUGGUAAAUGCUUUUCAGCCAGCAGCGCCUUUCCCCCACAGCACCUAGCUCAGGGUUCACUCAACAUUUGGUGGAGGAGGUCAGUAAAUGCUAGUUGAGUGACUGCAUUAAGCCAAUAAUCUUUCUAAGAUGUAAAUUUGAUCUUGUUAACCACCCAUUCAAAACCUUCAGGAGUAAGGUCCAAAAUCCUAAGAAACACAUAACAAAUCCUCUGUUAUC